UAUGUGAAUUGCAAUGGGAAGUGAAGAUGGAAGACAAAACGUGACGGAGCAAACCAGGCUCAAAAGCCUUACUUUAUCACCUUCUCUUACUUUUCCAAAAACAAGAAUCGCCAAACCUUGUUUAUAUCGCACCUUUUACAUCAAUCAAUUUCAAUCGCUUUUGGAAAUCUCGAGCCACCAUUGUCAUCGUUCACAUAGUCAUUCAUACCAAACCAAAACUUGUCUCACAUAUCCCCUAACUAUGUGACUAAAUGUACAUAUAUAUGUACACCCACAAAGCAAAAAAUCAUGCACCAAAUCAAUUAGUCUCCACCAACGGUUGAUUUGCUUGGUGGGUCUAGCAAAGCAUGGCUUUUUCAACGUUCCCAAGUGUGAGUAAGUGCUCCUCCAUCGGUAGGGAAAAGGACACUGUGGUUGCAGACAUGGAUGGAACCUUACUCAUAGGUCGAAGCUCUUUCCCUUAUUUUGCUCUUGUGGCCUUUGAAGCUGGUGGAAUCCUUCGGCUUUUGUUCUUUGUCUUGGCUUCUCCUAUUGCUGCCCUUCUCUACUACUUCAUCUCUGAAUCCGCUGGUAUUCAGGUUCUGAUAUUUGCUGCAAUGGCGGGGAUGAAGGUGUCGAGCAUAGAAUCAGUGGCGCGAGCGGUGCUUCCGAAGUUCUACGCGGAUGACGUUCACCCGGAGACAUGGCGGGUGUUCUCGUCGUGCGGGAAGCGGUGCGUGCUGACGGCGAAUCCGAGAGUGAUGGUGGAACCAUUCUUGAAGGAGUUUUUAGGUGCAGACGUGGUUUUGGGCACUGAGAUCAGAACUUUCAAGGGAAGAGCAACUGGGUUGGUGCGCAGGCCUGGGAUACUUGUUGGCAACAAGAAAGCUGAGGCUCUCCUCAACACUUUUGGAGAUGAGAGACCACAUGUUGGACUUGGUGAUAGACAAACUGAUGCUCCUUUCAUGGCUUUGUGCAAGGAGGGUUACAUAGUCCCACCCAAAAGUGACGUGAAAUCAGUUUCUACAGACAAGCUUCCAAAGCCCAUAAUAUUCCACGAUGGAAGACUGGUGCAGAAACCAACACCUCUCAUUGCAUUACUCACCAUUCUAUGGAUCCCCAUAGGGUUCCCCUUAGCAUGCCUUCGAAUUGCUGCAGGUUCCCUUCUGCCAAUGCACAUGGUCUACUAUGCCUUCUGGGCCCUAGGAGUUCGUGUCAUAAUCAAGGGCACCCCACCCCCAAAACUCACAAAAUCGAACCCUGAUCCUAACACUUCCGGGGUUCUCUUUAUCUGCUCCCACCGUACCCUCCUCGACCCCAUCUUCCUCUCCACCGCCCUCGGCCGCCCCAUCCCCGCCGUCACCUACUCCGUCUCCCGCCUCUCGGAGAUAAUCUCCCCCAUCAAAACCGUCCGCCUCAGCCGCGACCGCGCCACCGAUGCCGCCAUGAUAAAGAAGCUCCUCCAGGAGGGUGACCUAGCAAUCUGCCCAGAAGGCACAACCUGCAGAGAGCCCUUCCUCCUUCGAUUCUCCGCCCUGUUCGCGGAACUCACCGACGAGCUCGUCCCCGUGGCCAUGGUGAACCGCAUGAGCAUGUUCCACGGCACAACAGCAAGAGGGUGGAAGGGCAUGGACCCGUUUUACUUCUUCAUGAACCCUAGUCCCGCUUACGAAGUUACGUUCUUGAACAAAUUGCCGAAAGAGUUGACCUGUGGGUCAGGGAACAAGUCGAGCCAUGAUGUUGCGAAUUACAUACAGAGGGUGAUUGCAUCGACAUUGUCGUAUGAGUGCACUGGGUUUACGAGGAAGGAUAAGUACAGGGCACUUGCCGGGAAUGAUGGGGUUGUGGUGGAGAAGGGUCAUGUUGCUAAGGCUAACAAAGUCAUGGGUUGUUAAAUUUAGGUUGUCGUUUUUUCUUAUAUGGUUUUGUAAUGUUCAUGAACUCUUUUUUUUUUUUUCAAUUUCUUGCUUUGAAAGUGACUGAGAAAUGAAAAAAAUGAUAUUCAACACAAUAUGUUUCAGAAAUAAAUGGAAUGAUUUAUAGGAAGUUGUAUACCAACAUGUCAAAACGUAUAGAAAGAAGUUGUAUAUGAAGCUUUUAAAUUUU